AUUUUACGUCCCCGAGACGUUAACAAAACUGGUAUACAGCCAAAAUGAACGCUGCUGGUGAUUAUUCUGCAAUAAAAACUCUUAUGGCUUACGUUGAUGAUCCUGAUGAAAGUCACGAUAUUUCGAAAUCCUUUGAUGAAGAUGACAAAAUCAGCGAUGAGGACACGAUCGAACAACCGGAACCCCCAACUAAGAAGCCAAAGUCUCUCUCUCAGUUUCUGGAUACUCCCGUUGGAUCUGAAUCAGGAACUCCCAAGAAAAAAGUCAGUAAUUUAGUUUCAUACGUUCCCGACGAUAAUGAUAUCACAGAUGAGGAGAGUCCGAAUGAAGAGGAAAAGCCCGAAUCAAUACCACCAGACGAUGAAAUAGUAAUGUCACCUCAACCGAUUACACCUAUUUCCGAUAGAGAAGAAGAAGGGGAAAAAGAAGAUGAAUCGGGGGUAAAGCUUCCUCCCGAACCAGCGUCUAAAUGCCCAUCUGAUGUUCAAGAGGCUUUUAAGAAAUAUCACGACGAAAUGUUAGGUGGAAGAGAUAUUAAUGCGCUUUACUUAAAUAAGAAAAAUUUAAAAAACCCUAGUAUAUAUGAUAAACUAUUGCAAUUUUGCAAAAUCGAUGAAAAAGGUUCAAACUUUCCUAAAGAGAUAUUCGAUCCUCAUAGUUGGAAAAAAACAUCUUAUUACGACGCUUUGUCAAAUGCUCAAAAAAUAGAAAUGGACAAACGAGAGAAAGAGAAAAAAGACCGAACAAAAGUCGACUUUGUGUCUGGAACGAGAAAAGAUGAAUCAAAAAGAAAAAGUAAAUGGGAUCAAAGCGGAACAACUGGAGCUGCUCAAUCGACAACGAAACAUGUACAAUCUAAAGGAACACUAAUGAAGAAGAAGACACUUCAAUUGUAA